CCGGAAGUGGCGCGCGCGGGGCCUGGGGCUGCGGCGGGGCUGGGGCGUCCGCGCUUCGACACCGGCGCAGAACCAUCAUGAAAGUGUUUACUUUGAUGCCAGGAAUGUAACUUCACAAGGAACUAAUCCUCCAGUUACUUGAAGAUACCCUGUCCUUAGCUGAAUACUGGAACUCAUUAGACAAUGGGCACUCCAUACUAAGCAGGGGUGGAAGACUGAAGCCCAUUUGGGGACAGAAUGAGUUUAAAAGAUGCUGAUAGUGCAGUUUGCCAGGCAAAGGCAGCCUAUAACCUUCAGAUUUACCCCCAACUCUCAACAGAAAGUGCUCCCUGCUGCAAAGUGACAGCAACCAAGGACAGCACAUCAUCAGAUGUCAUCAAGGACGUGAUCAGCAUCUUAAACUUGGAUGUCUCCAAACAUUAUGUGCUUGUGGAGGUGAAAGAAUCUGGAGGAGAGGAAUGGGUACUUGAUAUAAAUGAUUCUCCUGUUCACAGGGUUUUGCUUUGGCCUCGUCGUGCUCAGGACGAGCAUCCACAGAAGGAUGGCUACUACUUUCUCUUGCAAGAGAGGAACACUGAUGGGACCAUCAAGUAUGUGCAGAUGCAGUUGCUCUCCAAGGAGACGGAUGCUCGGAGAUUGGUGGAACGGGGCUUUCUUCCGUGGCACCAGGAGGACUUUGAUGACUUGUGCAAUCUCCCCAACCUGACAGAGACAACACUCCUGGAGAAUCUCAAAUGCCGCUUCUUAAAGCACCGAAUUUACACUUAUGCAGGAAGUAUCCUGAUUGCAAUUAACCCCUUCAAGUUCCUGCCCAUCUACAAUCCCAAAUAUGUCAAGAUGUACGAGAAUCAUCAGCUGGGGAAGUUGGAGCCUCAUAUUUUUGCCAUUGCCGAUGUGGCCUAUCACACAAUGCUUAAAAAACAUGUGAAUCAGUGCAUUGUUAUAUCAGGUGAAAGUGGAUCUGGGAAAACCCAAAGCACAAACUUUUUAAUUCACUGUCUCACGGCUCUGAGCCAGAAAGGGUACGCCAGUGGUGUGGAGAGAACCAUCCUGGGAGCUGGACCAGUCCUGGAGGCAUUUGGAAAUGCAAAAACAGCGCAUAACAACAACUCCAGUCGUUUUGGGAAGUUCAUUCAAGUCAACUAUUUAGAGAAUGGUAUUGUCAGGGGGGCUGUUGUUGAAAAAUACCUGCUUGAAAAAUCUCGUCUGGUUUCUCAAGAGAAAGAUGAAAGGAACUACCAUGUCUUCUAUUAUUUGCUACUUGGAGUCAGUGAGGAAGAACGUAAAGAAUUUCACCUCAAGCAACCUGAAGAUUAUUUCUACCUCAACCAGCAUAACUUGAAAAUUGAAGAUGGGGAAGAUCUCCGGCAUGAAUUUGAGAGGUUGAAACAAGCCAUGGAGAUGGUUGGCUUCCUUUCAGCAACAAAGAAACAGAUUUUUUCAAUACUUUCAGCUAUUCUCUACUUGGGUAAUGUCACAUACAAGAAGAAAGCCACAGGUCGGGAUGAAGGGUUGGAUGUGGGACCUCCUGAAGUGUUGGACAUUCUUUCCCAGCUGUUAAAAGUUAAACGAGAAAUCCUGGUAGAAGUGCUAACAAAAAGAAAAACUGUGACUGCUAAUGAUAAGCUUAUUUUGCCUUAUAGUCUCAAUGAGGCAAUAACAGCUCGUGAUUCCAUGGCAAAGUCCCUGUACAGUGCUCUGUUUGAUUGGAUUGUUCUAAGAAUCAAUCAUGCACUUCUUAAUAAGAAGGACAUGGAGGAAUCUGUUACAUGUCUGUCGAUUGGUGUACUUGAUAUCUUUGGAUUUGAAGACUUUGAAACCAACAGUUUUGAACAGUUCUGCAUAAAUUAUGCAAAUGAGCAGCUUCAGUAUUAUUUCAAUCAGCACAUUUUCAAAUUGGAACAGGAGGAAUAUAAGAGUGAAGGGAUCACUUGGCACAAUAUUGACUAUACUGAUAAUGUGGCCUGCAUUCACUUAAUCAGCAAGAAGCCCACUGGCCUGUUCUAUCUUCUGGAUGAAGAAAGCAAUUUUCCACAUGCCACCAACCAAACACUACUGGCGAAAUUCAAACAACAGCAUGAGGAGAACAAGUUCUUUGUUGGAACCCCGGUGAUGGAGCCCGCUUUUAUCAUCCGCCACUUUGCUGGAAAAGUGAAAUACCAGAUCAAAGAUUUCAGGGAGAAGAACAUGGAUUACAUGAGGCCGGAUAUCGUGGCUCUGCUGCGGGGCAGCGACAGUGCGUUUGUGCGGGAGCUCAUUGGGAUGGACCCUGUGGCCGUGUUCCGCUGGGCUGUGCUGCGCGCGGCCAUCAGGGCCAUGGCUGUGUUUGCAGAGGGGGGACGUCAGAGGGCUCAGAGAACUGCAGGAGUGGUACGUCAAGGACCCAGAGUUCCCCUUGCUGAACUCCAGAGAUCCAAUACUCCAGUAGAAAAAGUUUAUCGAGACAUGCAUGAGCAGAUCAUCGCCAGUAUUAAAGGACUGCCCUGGCAGGGGGGGGAUCCCUGCAAGCUGCUUCGGUCACUCAACCACCUUCAACACCACUCCCACUUCAUGAAAAGUAAAGGUAUCAAACAGAAGCAGAUCAUUCCCAAGAACUUGCUGGAUUCCAAAUCGCUGAAGCUCAUAGUGAGCAUGACUCUGCACGACCGAACCACAAAGUCCCUUUUGCACUUGCACAAGAAGAAGAAACCCCCCAGCAUAAGUGCCCAGUUCCAGAAUUCACUUAAUAAGUUACUGGAGACCCUGGGCAGAGCUGAGCCCUUCUUCAUCCGCUGCAUCCGCUCCAACGCAGAGAAGAAAGAAAUGCUUUUUGAUGAAAACUUGGUGCUUCAGCAGUUACGGUACACGGGAAUGCUAGAAACUGUGAGGAUCAGGAGGUCUGGCUACAGUGCCAAAUACACAUUCCAGGAAUUCAUAGACCAAUUUCAGGUGUUACUGCCCAAAGAUGCCAAAGCCUCUAAGGAAGACAUUUGUGCUUAUUUGAAUAAACUAAAACUGAAUGAAAGCUACUAUCAAAUAGGGAAGACCAAGGUUUUUAUGAAAGAGGCUGAAAGGCAGAUACUACAGGAUACACUACACAAAGAAGUGAUCAGGAAAAUCAUUCUUCUCCAGAGCUGGCUCAGGAUGGUUUUGGAAAGGAGGCGCUUUCUCAGGACACGGCAGGCGGCCAUUGUUUUACAGGCCUGCUGGCGUUCCCGCUGUAUCAGGAUGGCCCUGCAGAGGAGCAAUGCUGCCAUCGAGAUCCAGGCAGCCUGGAGACGGUACCGGGAGCGGAAACACUUCCUGCAGCACAGGAGGAGGAUUUGUCUCCUGCAGGCCCUGGUCAGAGGGCACCUGACACGUAAGAGAUAUCAGGAAAUGGCUGUAGAAAGGCAGAAAGCUGAAGAAAAGCAGAGAGAAAUGCAGGAAGAUGAAGACAGAGAGGAUGAUAAGAGCAAGCAUGAGCAGAGUGAGCCAACAACACAUGAGCUACCUGUGAAACAUGAAACAGAGCUGGAUCAGGCUGCUGGGGAUGAAGAUCGAGCUCAGAAUGAACAAGCUGAAGAUCGAGCUCAGAAUGAACAAGCUGAAGAUCGAGCUCAGAAUGAACAAGCUGAAGAUCGAGCUCAGAAUGAACAAGCUGAAGAUCGAGCUCAGAAUGAACAAGCUGAAGAUCGAGCUCAGAAUGAACAAGCUGAAGAUCGAGCUCAGAAUGAACAAGCUGAAGAUCGAGCUCAGAAUGAACAAGCUGAAGAUCGAGCUCAGAAUGAACAAGCUGAAGAUCGAGCUCAGAAUGAACAAGCUGAAGAUCGAGCUCAGAAUGAACAAGCUGAAGAUCGAGCUCAGAAUGAACAAGCUGAAAGCCUAGGUUCAUCUGAAAACCUGAGCUCAUCUGAGAUAGCCACAUUACCCCAGAAGAACACGACAGAGGGCUCGGAGAAAGUAACCACCAGCCGGGAGAAGAGGGAAUCUCGUCGGCAGAGGGGGCUGGAACACAACGACUUGCAGAACAAGCACGUCCUGUUGUCCUUCGAAGGACCAUCUUCGCUGUGCCUUGAGGAACAAACCCCUUCUGAAGAGGCCCUGGAAACUGUUCCAGUGCCAGAGAAAUCCACAGCACAAGAUUAUACUGUCCCUCAGGGAAGCAGUGAGGAAGAGAAAAGUCCAAGUGAAGAAAAAGCCCUUCCAGACACGCCACCAUCAAGUGAGAUAAAGGAAAGUGGUUCUGUUCCUGAGCAACCACCGGUAUCAGAAGAGGGUGAUGUGGCAGCUGAUAGAACAAAAACACAAGGGAAUCAGAGUAACCAAAUAAAAGGCAGCCAAAGCUUUACCUGCCCUGAAAGGCCCACAAAUCUUGCACUGAAUCUUCACAACAUGUUGUCAGCUACUGGGAGCUUUCGGAGUCCAUCUGACCCCUGGGCAGAUAAAAACAAACGUCUUGGUCAGAGGGCAACCAAAGACCUGGAUAGUCCCACUUCUUCUGCAAUCCAGAGAUAUGUGGAUGACCCAGAGAAGCUGAAGUACAAGAGGGAGAAGUGGAAAGGCAAGAGACAGUCUGAUGCUGGUCAGAAUGAUGUGCUGAGUCAAUCCUUGGAUGGAAGGACACGUGUGGAUAAGUCUCCUCAGGAUCAACUGGAGAAGAAGGGGAGUUCAGCUUCAUUAAGUGAUCUCUCAACACUGGCCCAGACUGUUGCCAUGAAUCAGCAGUCACCAGAUGUGAUAGAAGAAGAAAAAGGCACCAAGAAAUACCCUGUGCAGAAGAAGCCCAGUGACCGCUUACCUACCUUGGACACGGCUGUUCCUGUGCAACCAGCGAGUCAGCAGGGAGAUGCCAAGUCUGCUUUUAAAAGUCCUUUGCGUAGACUUUUGGGGAAAAAGCCAGACAAGAAAAUUCCAAAGGAGAGCUCUGAUAUGAUUGAGGAAGGAGAUGGCCUCUCCCUUGUAUCUUGUGUCCUCUUUACAGACACAGGAGGAACUCAGAAAGUUUCAGAAGCUUCUUCUGGGCAGCCAGGCCGCCCCCAGGCAGUGAAGGAGAUCAGCAAAGCAAAGAAGAACAGGACCAUAAAGAUCAGCAAGAUCUCGAGCGUGUCCCAGAACUGGCGAGCGUCCAUGGUCCGCGAGAUUGCAAAUGCCAAUGAGCUGAAACACCUGGAUGAGUUCCUCCUCAACAAGAUCAAUGACUUACGCUCCCGGAAGUCUGGUGUUGAGUGUUUGUUUUUUGAAGCUACAGAGAAGUUUAGAGGAAACAUCAAGACCAUGUACUCUGCUCCUAAUGGACAAAUCCAUGUUGGCUACAAAGAUCUGGUGGAAAAUUACCAGCUUCUGGUUACAAAUCUGGCCCAAAAAAGAGAAGAGAAAGAAGUCAAGCUGGUUUUGAAUCUCUUUCAAUCCCUUCUGGAUGAAUUCAUAAGAGGAUAUACAAAAAAAGAGGAAUCUGAGCAGCCCAAGCAAACCAAAGCCCAGAAGAAGAAACGAAAACAAGAUCGUGCAAUUGAAGAACACAAUGGUCAUGUGUUCACAAACUACCAAGUGAGCAUCCGGCAGUCGUGUGAGCACUGCUCAUCCUACAUCUGGCCCAUGGAAAAAGCCUGUCUGUGCAGUGUUUGCAAGUUGACUUGUCACAAGAAGUGCAUGUCCAAAAUCCAGAGCAGCUGUACCUCCUGUGGGAAAAAGAAUGAGCAGGAUGCAGAACCACGACACUUCGGAGUGAGUGUGAGUUCCCUGACCAGCGAGAGGAACUCGGUCCCUGUUGUCAUGGAGAAGUUGCUAGAAUACGUGGAGAUGCACGGGCUCUACACGGAGGGGAUCUACAGGAAAUCAGGGUCAGCAAAUCGGAUGAAGGAGCUCAAACAGUUGCUGCAAGCAGAUCCAAACUCAGUGAAGCUGGAGAAUUACCCUAUUCACACCAUCACGGGGAUCCUUAAGCAGUGGCUGCGGGAGCUGCCAGACCCACUGAUGACAUCAGCACAGUACAAUGAUUUCCUCCGAGCUGUAGAACUACCAGAAAAACAGGAGCAACUCUGUGCCAUUUACACUGUCCUGGAACAGCUCCCACAGGCAAAUCAUAAUACCCUGGAGCGACUCAUUUUCCAUCUUGUCAAAGUGGCUUUGAUAGAAGAUGUCAACCGUAUGUCACCCAAUGCCUUGGCCAUUGUGUUUGCUCCAUGCCUCCUGCGCUGUCCAGAUACCUCUGACCCCUUAACCAGCAUGAAGGACGUUUCAAAAACAACCAUGUGUGUAGAGAUGCUCAUAAAGGAACAGAUAAGGAAGUACAAGAUAAAAAUGGAUGAGAUCAAUCAGCUGGAAGCAGCAGAGAGCAUUGCUUUCCGACGGCUCUCGUUGCUCCGGCAGAAUACACUCUGGCCUGUAAAACUUGGGUUCUCUUCCCCUUACGAGGGGAAGCUGAGUAAAAGCUCUCAGGUCAAAGGAAAUGACAGUGGCACCUCAGAGCUGGACUCGGUGCAUGAAGAUGAAGAAGUUUCUGAAGCCAAUAACCGGGAAAAGGAGAUUCUCAUCGAUCGCAUACAGUCAAUAAAAGAAGAAAAAGAGGACAUAACUUACCGGUUACCUGAGCUUGACCAGCGGGGCUCCGACGAGGAAAACGUGGACUCGGAGACGUCGGCAAGCACAGAGAGCCUGCUUGAGGAUAGGACAGGCCGGAUGGAUACCGAAGCAAUUAUUGGAUUACACUGCUGUGCUCAGAGCUCCAGCCUGCCUGCCAAAGACAUUUGCAAAGUGCCUUCUCUCCCACAAACCUCUUCACAUUCCUACUCUGCAUCCCUGGCUUCAAGGCGCAGAUACUCUCUAACACUGUCCAAGAUGAAAGUGCCCCGUCGAACUCCAGUGAUGCCAACAGCAAAUAUAAAACUCCCUCCUGGGAUGUUCAAAUGUACAGAAUCCCAGGAUCAGGUUUCUGCUAACAAGGAGUCUCAGGUGGUGAGACGUAGGGAGCAGCCAGCAAGGCGGACUGACAGCAUCUACUCGGUAUACAUUGCACAAGGGUCUGCACUGGCCCACGCUCAGGAACUCGUGGAUGAAUAUGAACCAACUGCAAAAGUCAAACGGAGGUUCUCAGAUCCUUAUUCUCACAUUCCCUGUAUGGAGAAGUGAAAUACUUCAGCUCUCUGGACCUUUUUUGAAGUUGACCACAGCUUUUGGCUUUAACCCUUUGAAGGCUGUAAACUUGUGUUUAAGUGGCUGCCAGGAAGGCAACCUGGAAAUGUACAGUACUGUAAAGGUUCGGCAAGGUUGUUUAAAGCAAAUAUUUUCCACUUUAAAUUAAAACCUUGCAAAAAAAAUAAAAUUUAAUGCUGAGUAAAAUAUAUGGGUUGAGUGUACAGGAAACAAGCCCCCCCAGUUCCGCUGCUGUGCCUUUUUCCAUUUGUCUUACAAUGGACUCUCAUGGGACCAACAGUGAGUUUAGGUCAAUGUGUGUUGCCUUAAUUUUUUUUAUGACAAUUUUCUGUGUGGUUUACAGAACUGUUUAACGUAAUAGCCUUAACUGAGACCAAAAUGUAUAAAGAAGUUUAUUAAAACGUUGCACUUUUAAAAAAAUACAGGUGUUAGUUUA